AUGUAUCUCCAACGUAUUGGCGCCAUCGUCGCCUUUCUAUGCUUCUUCCUAGAAGCUGUUUGGGCGGCGGGAUGUGCUAAUGUCACAAUUAAAUCCCAGGAUCACGCUGAUGAGGUUCGAAAGAGCUGCAAAACUAUUGAGGGAUACCUGAAGUUUGACGACUACCUCGACGAGUCCAUCAAUCUCGAUGGUAUCGAGUUCAUCAACGGGGAUAUCACGUACUCGGGUGAUCCCGAAUGGGGAAAUGCAACAGAAAUCGGCGGACCGUAUCCCACAACGUUGAAGCCCAUCACAAUCGAAUGUUCAACUCUCAAGACGGUCAACGGCUCCAUUUACUUCUGGGCCUUUGAAGGCCUUUCGGAAUUCCUGCUUCCCAAGCUCACCAGAGUCGAGGAGGCUUUUACCCUUCAGCGCAUGCACUACCUCAGAAAGCUCGACAUUACCAAACUCACGCACUUGGGGUCCUUCAACAUCGAGGCCAACCACCUCACUGAACUGAAACACGAGGAACUCAAGGGUUUCACAGGUGGCGCUUGGACGCCGGGUGUUCAGUUCUGGGGCGUUAGGGUCUCAUCUCUUGACAGCUGGUUCAAGUAUCCCCUCACAGCCAUCGCUCGGGAGUCGGGGUAUGACGACCUCACGACGUGGGCGCCCGUGCAACUCAGCGCGAACCGCAUCCCAAAUCUUAGGAGCGUCACCGUUGGAUAUGCAAACACCAGCAAGAUCUCGAUUGCGACAAACAAGACUGAGCUCACGCUCGGCGGCCCAGAAACAGAGACAAUGGACAUUGGACUCCUGCAGCUUGAGGGUGACCUCACCAAGCUCACGCGCGCACCCAACGUCAAGGAGCUUAAUGUUGGCCGGCUUUAUUUCAGAGGUUCUUCUCUGAAGGAGAUUGACCUCACUAUUUUUGACAAGAUUACCAACCUCACGAUUUAUGACCACGGAAAUCUGCAGAGGAUUCGAAUGCCACCCAAAGCCCUCGACUGGGAGGAUAUGACAAUCGAUAUUGAGAUAAACCAGAACCUUACCCUGAUCUCAGAGUAUCGAGACCCCGAGAAUAAGAAAGAUCAGUUCUGGUACUGGCCUAAAGGAAACAUCAGCAGAAUCAACAUCAUCGGUACCCCUCUCUCCACCGGAUUCUUUGACUCAUUCCUCGCAGCCCGCAACGGUUCCAACCCGCCAAAGGUCCUGGACUAUUUCCACUUGGCGCAGGCUCCAGCCCAGUAUUCAGAACCAAUGGGAUUCAACUGCACGCCCUUUGAGGAGCUUUACAACAAGUCUGUACUUCCCGAGAACUACGAAUGCCUGAACUACAACUCACUGUCUUCUGCGAGUCAUGUCUGGAUGAGUUGGGGCUUUGUCGGGGUAGCGCUUCUGUCGAGUGUUUUCUAUCUAUCUUGGUAG